AUGGCUGAAGAAGAACAUCAAGAAAUGGGCAUUGAUAAUGUGGAUGCAAUUGAAGUGCAAAAACUUGAUAUGCUACAUGAUACAAUUCCUAGUCAAUUUAUACCAAAAGUUGGGAUGGAGUUUGAGACUAAAGAUGCAGCAUAUAAUUUUUAUAAUGAUUAUGCUUAUAGAGUGGGUUUCGGUGCAAGGAUUAGCAAAGGACAUAAAGAUAAAUAUGGGAAGAUAGUCAAUAGAGUAUUUUGUUGUUCAUGCGAAGGAUAUCAUGGGAAAGAUAUGCGAGAAGAUAAUGUCAAAAAUCCUCGACCACAAUCAAGAUUUGGUUGUUUGGCAAAGAUGAAAGUUAAUAGUCGUUUGACGGGAAAGUAUCGUGUAACUGAAUUUAUUGCUAAGCAUGCACAUGAGACUACAACUCCUAGUAAGAGUCAUUUUCUUAGAUCUCAAAGGAAAAUGAAUAUUCCUCAAGUAGUUGAGGUUCAUUUAGCAAAUGAUUCUGUAAUUACUUCAGUAAGGAUUUUAAUAAAUGCAUCUAUGAAUAUGAAGAGGAAGAAGAGUGUAUAG